AAGUGUUUUUCAGUUCUCUGAGUAAAGUCACAGUAAAGUUCACGGACAGUAUUCGACCUGUCAAAAAUUUAGCUGCAGCGUUUGAGUCGAUCACCUUCACUAUCAGAAUGUUUGCACUUAAGACAAUAAGGAGUUUAUCUCCUGCAACUAAAAAUGUUUAUUUGCAGAGUAAACAGGCUUUUACCGUGACUAUGUCUAGAAUGCUGCAUGCGGAGCUCCAGCAUGGGGAAACUCCAGCACCUUUUCGACCUGAAACAUCCAUGGCCAAGACCAUGAUGGACAUCGGCACCAGACGGAUCUUCUCCGAGGAACACGACCUGUUCCGUCAGAAUGUGCGGCGCUUCUUUCAAGAGGAAGUUGUUCCAUAUCAUACUCAAUGGGAGAAGGCUGGUGAGGUCAGCAGAGAGGUUUGGGAAAGGGCUGGAGAACACGGAUUGCUGGGAAUAUAUACACCUGAGGAGCAUGGAGGAAUCGGAGGAGACCUCCUGUCGGCUAAUAUCGUGUGGGAGGAGCAAAUGUACUGUAACUGCAGUGGCCCUGGGUUCUCUCUCCACUCUGAGAUUGUAAUGCCUUAUAUCAGUCACUAUGGCUCUAAAGCUCAGAUCGAGCGCUAUAUUCCACAGAUGACUGCUGGGAAAUGCAUUGGGGCCAUCGCUAUGACAGAACCUGGAGCUGGCAGUGACCUUCAAGGAGUGAAGACGUAUGCAAAAAAAGAUGGAACCGACUGGAUUCUUAAUGGAAGCAAGGUGUUCAUCACAAAUGGCUGGAUGAGUGAUGUAGUGAUUGUAGUUGCCGUGACUAACCGUGAAGCGAAGACAGCAGCUCAUGGAAUCAGUCUUUUCCUGGUUGAUGGUGGCACUAAGGGCUUCCAAAAGGGGCGCAAGCUGGAGAAGCUUGGGCUCAAAGCUCAGGAUACAGCCGAGCUGUUUUUUGAGGAUGUGCGUUUGCCCGCUGAAGCUUUGUUGGGUCAGGCCAAUAAAGGAUUUUAUUAUCUGAUGAAUGAGCUGCCACAGGAACGCCUUCUUAUAGCAUCCAUGGGCCUUGCCAGCUGUGAAUUCAUGUUUGAAGAGACAAGGAACUAUGUAAUGCAGCGGAAGGCAUUUGGCAAGACCAUCGCUGACCUGCAGGUGGUGCAGCACAAACUGGCUGAGUUGAAGUCCGACAUCUGUGUAGGUCGAGCUUUCAUUGACAGCUGCCUUCAGCUCCACAGUGAGCAGAAGCUGGACUCUAGCACAGCAUCCAUGGCCAAAUACUGGGCUACAGAUUUGCAGAAUAGAGUUGCCACUCAAUGCCUGCAGCUUCAUGGAGGAUGGGGCUACAUGUGGGAGUAUCCAAUAGCCAAGGCUUUUGCAGACUCCAGAGUUCAACCCAUCUAUGGAGGAACCAACGAGAUAAUGAAAGAACUCAUAUCACGCAGCAUUGUUAGCAAAAAAUAAAUAUGGAAAAAAAUGAACAAGGUGAGAGUUUGAUUUGGUGCCUCUAAUCCCUGGUGAAAAAUAAAUAUG